CGAGAUGAUAAUAAUGUAUUAAAAUGUCGCGACAUUAUCAUCAACGAUGCAGCCGGGUGGCGGUAUUUUCCCAAUAUCAAUUGGCAACUAACAGCCUGAAAAAUUGAGAUGAAAUCUUACCUGAAGCGCUUAAACUAAGAUUGAGGGGUGCAUUCACGACAGGACUUCCUGGAAUGUUCGCCAUGUUGGAUAGACCAGCAGCUAAGGAC